UGAUACUGAUAACAUUGUAUAUACAUACGACAAGGUGCAUUUACUAAAUGAUAUCUCUCUGCGAAAUGUUUAUAAUAAAAGCCGUUAGAAUGUCUUCUUAUCUUACUCAAUCGAUUAAAUUGAUUUUUCAUACCUAAAUUCUUAGCGUGAGGGAUACCUUAAAACGGUUGUGAUUAAGACAGCUUUGGGAAGAUAAUACAAAAAAAUUCAGGAAUGUUUUUUAUUUUCAUAUUUUUGUUUUCAGGGGUAUCAGCAAAAUGUUUGUCAAAAGAAGACAUUGUUAUUCUUGUGGAUAAAUCUGAUUCAGUUGGAGACCACAAUUUUGAGAUAUUGAAAACUUUUACUCGUAACUUCCUGGUACAUUUUGCGAUAGACCCUGGUGCCAGCCAAGUCAGUGUAGUUACGUUCGAUAACAAUCCAAAGGAGGAAUUUGAUCUUAACCAAUAUUCUUCAUUGAGAGAAAUCCAACAGGCUAUCUCGAAUAUUCCUUAUAGCAGAAGGCGAGGAGGAACAGACAUUGGAUAUGCGCUUAAUUUUACACGUCAGAACUCAUUUACACCAAGCCACGGUGCCCGAACUGAUGCUACCAAAAUCGUCAUUUUGAUAACCGAUGGACAAAGUCCCAUUGACAAAGAAGCUGAGUUACUGAAGGACGAAAACGUCACCAUUUUUUGUGUGGGUGUUACGAAUGGAAUCAACGAACAACAGUUACGAAGGGUGUCAAGUCACAAUGAUUAUACAUAUACUACAGAGAGUUUUGCGAAUCUAUCUCGGAUACAAACGAUCCUGGCAGAAAAAACCUGUGCAGACAGAAUCAAUGACUGUUUAAGCAACCCCUGUCAUAAUGGCGGAACAUGCGAAGAUCAGCAGGGGAAAUAUGUGUGCCAUUGUAGAGGAACAACGACAGAGAAGAACUGCUACGUCCCAGGAUUCCCAACGGUGAAAACCGGACUAGGAGGAACCACAACUCUUGGAAACAAUGCAACAAUCAGCUGUUUUGUAUUGGGUGGCUACACUGGUAUCAUUUGGGAGUUCCAACACAACGGUGUAACCUCCAUCAUAGAUACUUCUGAUUCUUCAAAAUACAGCGGAGGGACAGUUACAAAUCCGUCCCUAACGAUUUACAGUUUUGCUGUCAGUGAUAUCGGUAGUUACAGAUGCUUAGCCAAGAACUCUAUUGGCACAGCUCACAGCCCAGUCAUGGCUUUCAUGGACAUACCGAAAUCUGAGAUCAAGGUAUUUACCCUUUCACGAGUAACGGGUAUAAUAGGUCACAGCGUAACAUUGACAUGUAAUAUCUCAGUUACGUAUCCAUCUCUAAUAUCUGUAACAUGGGAAUUUAAUGGCACUAAAAUUGACAAAAACUCUUUGGGAAAAUAUGUUGGAGGAUCUGUCACUGCACCAUCUUUGAACAUCACCCACCUUCAAACCUCUGACCAAGGAAACUACGCUUGUUCUGCCACAAAUUUGUUUAGCUCGGGACAUUCUUACAUUCAUUUAAAUUUAACAGAUAGUCCUAGUGUUUCCUACACUUUUACAAAAAGUGUUGCAAACGGUGUUGCAAUCAAUGUUGCAAACAUUGUUUCUAACGCUGAAUCAAAGGUCAACGUCGACUCCUGUGGGACUUUUUACGAUUAUGAUCCAUCUUCCUCUGUUGAGAACCCGUGUACAAUGAGCACAUGGAAAGUGGCUCUUACCGCCGUCUUGUCAGCAGGUGCUUUAGUCGGGGGUAUUCUGUUAGCUUACAGGCUAUAUAGAAUGAAAGUAUUAAGAUCCUCUCUUUUUGGUGAAAAGGCAUCUCGUGUGAGUCCUUAUAAAGAGUUCUCGCAACAGAGCACUAAAGAACAUGAUGUUCCAACCUUUAACACUGAUACAAGUAACCUAGAACAAUCAGUCGCACCCAGGGGACAUGGGUUUUCGCCUUUUAGAUGACAAAAAAAUGAGGGUGGCUACAUGUGAUAAUUGACUCUUUUGCCUGACUUUAUCUGUAUAUUCUACUAUUUAUACCAUCUUUAAGGAUUUUAAUGUCACAUAUUGUAAGGGUUUUUUUUCUUAAGGUGGUAUGGAAACCUCCAUAUUGUGAUCAACUUCCUAUCGAAAGUUUUACUAAACAUAUUUUUGGUCAAAUGUUGCAAAACUUGAAAAUUCUAAAACAGUGAAAGUGUUUUGAUUAUAAUAAUUACUUUUAUCUACAUUGAUAUCGACAUGCAUCCCAUACGACCUUAAGAACGUUCGAUUUAAGACUAUUUUAAUCUUCUUGAAAAGAAGAGCUCUGUUUAAAAAUAUAGUAAAAUAUUCGAUUUUAAAGCUAAAUUGUUUGGAUUCCUUUUUACCUCCUUAUAGUUUAAAGCUUUAAAAAUUCAUAUCUAAAAAGAAAUAUUUGAGGUAAAUUUGAUUGUCAAUUUUUCGACCCACCACCCUCCAACUGUGAUAUCAAUAACUAUUUUGAUAUAGAUAAUUGUACUUAUAUGAAUUGAUUUUUGUUGUAAGCAGAUUUGCCUUAAGUUAUUGAUCAGUUUUCUAUUAUUAUUUAAGUUAUGCAACUAGUGUUAUUUUUUUAAUGAUAUAAACAUGUUUAUCGUAUCAAAACUAUGACAAAAAUAUCUUUGUAAAUAAUUAAUAAACAAAACCAUGUGAUAAUGCGAUAUGUUGUAAGUGAUUUUUUAAAAAUAUCAUCCUGAUAUGUGAGAAUUAUUGAU